AUCAAAAGGACAAAAAACAGUAAACGAGGCUAUUGUGUUCGUGAGCUUGGUAUGGCGGAAGGGUGGGAGAUGUUCGCUUCGGAUUGACAAUAAUUUUGCUCACUCUCAGCGUCGCAUUCGGCUGAAUUUCAAGUCGGCUAUGUCUUCCAAGAAAAACCAGUAAUGGAAGAUCAGCUGCUGUCUCCGAGCAGUCAGACAGAGCAGUGGACCCACUCUUCAGACCUGGUCAAGGGGCAGCCCAAGGUGGCACAGGAGAGAAUCCCUGAGAGCCCUCCACCCUCGCUGUCGUCCAUUUUCGAGACAGCUUUCGGGGCCACGGUCACACAGUCCUCCGCCGAGCUCCCCAAUGUGCCGGAAAUCCCGAUCGAGUGUGGGUCCCCGCUGUUUGCCUCUGCGGAAGAGGAGAGCGAGGCCGCGGACAGCCGCCGCCGGCACCCCCACGAGUACCAGCGGCGGGCCACGGCGGCCACGGCACCCCUGAGCCCCUACCACCCGUACGGGCCCGGGCCGCCCCACUCGCUGCUCUCCCUGGCAGACCUCCGCAUGGACGUGCGUCUCUCGGCCGCCCACCACCCGGAGGCCUCCGUCUACCUGUCAGAUGGGGGUGCCCUCCUGGCCAGUGCGGAGGCCCCUUCGGUGAACCACGACUGGUGCAGGGCGGAGAGCUUCGAGGCACGCCACCGCAAGCGCCUGCUAAGCGAGAGCGAGACGGAGCACCGCAAGAAGGAGAAGCCGCGCAAGAUGUACCCACCCACGGCCGAGUCCUCGUCCGUGCUCUGGAGGCAGCAGCAUGCGGCCGAAGACAACGUUAUGGCAGAGGACGCCGCUUCCCGGGACAGAACGUCCGGCAGAAGGAGGGGCUGCGGCACGCCUGAUGCCUCGUCGGAAAACCACAGCCACUCGUCGAGGCACAGGGGGCCCAGCGCCAAGGACCAGCACCGGCCGAUGGAAGGCACCACGGAGAGCGACAGUGACGUGGACAUCGUCGGUGCCCUGCCGCUUCACCAGCGCCAGCAGAAGGGCCACAGGAGCAGCCAGGGGUCCACGGGGGCUCACAGGGGGGACCCCUGCCGCCAGGAUCACAGCUACUCGGAGAGCGGGGGCAGCUCGCGCGACAGGGAGCGCCACUGGCCCAGCCACGGCAAGAGGCUGGCCACCAGGAGUCACCAGCAAGGGACCUCCCGUGCGGCCGAUCGUACAAAGACUGAGGAGGGGAGCCCUGAACCAGAUUGGCCGGAGGCACCGGACCUCCAGCUGGACUGCCUCAUAAGUGACGACGACGACAGCAGCAGCGUUGAGUUGGUCAGCGUUGAACUCCCAAGGUCCCCCCGUCGCCAAGCUCAGGGAGCCACCGGCAGUGGCAAUAGUGGCGAGGGGAGUCGGGUGCCCCCCGUGGGAAACCCGCCGGGCUCGGAGAGAUUGGCGGCCGCUUCGCCCCGGGCGGGCGCGGCGGCUCCCGGUCGGGGCCAGCUCCCCUCCUGCGCCCACCACCGGCCCUCGAGGGAGAGCCCGCCCCGGCCCCAGUCCGACGCCUGUGCGCGGCACCUGCCCUGCGUCUACGGUGGGGCCACCCGGGGCAGCGUCGUGACCGCCUUCGUGGACCUGACGCAGUCCGACGAGGAGUCCUCCGGGGGUGCGGCCCACCCCGCCAGCCACUGCGUGCAACCUCCCCCGCCUUCCAUCGUGCCGCCGGUGUCCUUGGCUUCCCACCUCGGGGUUGCGGCUGCCGUCCCACCCCCUCCGCUGCCCCCGCCUUUCCUCAACGGGGAGGGAUGCUGCAUCCGGGUGCACCGAGGUCCCCCCGGGGCCCCCUUCUGCCCCCUGGGGGCCGCCCAGCUGCACUCGCACCUGCACGGCCUGCACCACGGCUACCCGCAGUCCGCCCUGGGACCCCCGGGGCUGGCCGGCUGCCGCUACCACCCGGCGGGGCCGGAGCAGCACCCCCAGCAGGCCCACCAGCAACCCCACUCGCAGCAGCCCCACUGCACGGGGGACGCCGGGGACUCAUGCGCCCGCACCACGGGAACUGCCGGCCCCAGCGGUGACCCUUGCCGGGGUUACGGGCCCUGCUUCGGCCAUGCAGCACCUCCUCCAAGCAUGAUGAUGGCCCAUGCUCACGUCUACCCAACCUCGGCGAGCCCGCACCUGGGCUACCUGGCGGCCACGCAGUCCAGUGCUGGGCCUCCCCUCAACCUGGGCCUCAACCCGGGUGCCUCCCCCUAUGCUGCCUAUGGCCCCACUGCCCCCAGUCCCCACCACGACUUCUCCCGGCCGCCGACAGCCGCCCCCGCCAUGUUUGCCAGGAUGAACCCAACCCACACACGGCUAUGGCAGGCCCAACAACGGAUGCAAGAUAUGCAGAGACGGCGCAUGUACCAGCACACACUGUACAUGCAGCGGCAACAGCAGGAGGCCCUGGCCCUGCAGCGCCUGAUGGAGGCCCAGAGCCAGCAGCAGGGUGGGCCGAGUGGCGCCCCGCCCCUGUUUUUGUGCCCUGACGGGGCGGGGCCCGUCCUGGCCCCGUCGCUGCACCCCCCGAGCGGCGCCCAGCAGCCGCAGGGGGGCCCCUCCCCGUCCCCAGCCCACCCCGAGGGGGCCCCCUCCCCGAUGGGUGCCCGCUGCUCGGCCCUCACCCCGCCCCCCAUCCAGGUGGCCAGUGAGGCCGUCGUGCUGGACCCCAACGUUCAGGCCGAGGUGGUCAUCGCCUCCCCCUCCAGUGGCGAGCCUGGCCACGCCCACCUGCACCACCACAUCCACCAACACCACUACCACCAUCCGCCCACCCCGCCACGAAUACACCACUUCCCGCCGCUGGCACUGGCUCUGCCGCCCACCGUGACCAUGUCGCAGCGGUUCCCGGACAUGUAUGCCAUCUCGGCCCUGUCCGACAUUCCUCACUACGUCUCUCUGCCCCACUACAUGCCCCUGCUCUCCAGGCACGUCCAGGAGUCGAUGAGGCUGUUUGAGCACCGACGCAUGGUGGUGAACCGGGGCGCCUCCCAAGGGACCAUUGAGAGGAACACAUUCCCCCACAAGUACAAGAAGAUCCCGCGCAGCGGUGGAGACAGCGAAGACAACGUCGAAAAGUGCACCAUCUGUCUAAGCGAGUUUGAAGACAACGAAGAUGUCCGGCGUCUACCCUGCAUGCACUUGUUCCACAUUGUGUGUGUGGACCAGUGGCUCACGACCAACAAGCGCUGCCCAAUCUGCAGAGUGGACAUCGAGGAGCACCUCAAGGACUUUGGCAUUUCCUCGUGAUGUGCGUGCGUUUUUGUAUGUGUGCCUGUCUACCUGGUGUGUUUUGCACAGUUGUAGCUGCUGUAUUUUUCUCCCCUAUUCCAAGUUUGUUUUUGUUACCAAUGCUAGUCUUACCACGGACGGUAUAACUUUGAAAGCACGGUCGUGGGCUUGUCUUUUGUCAGUGUGGGUUCAACGUACAGAGGAGAAUAAAUUUGAUCAGCUGAUUGGCAGACUGAGGUUGGUUCGAGCUUGCUGGCAUUAAUGCGGACUAAACCACUGCCGCAGGUGAAGCCUAAAACAUGUGCAAUUUAGUUUUGGAAAGUGGAGAGUGGUGCAUUUUCCCAGCAAUGUGUGGGUUUACCUGUAGGGAUGUUCCAGGCCUUGUUCCAUCCUUUUUGAAUCUGGUUGUGAUGACUGGAAGUGUGAGCAAAUAACUUUUUCUGAGCUUCAGUUUUUGCUUGAGUAGCACCAAGGGCAUUCUUUCAAUUCCUACUGUAUUUUAGACAGUGUUAUGGUGUGCCACCCAAGCAUCGGGAAUGCUGGCAGCCGUACCUUGCGGGAAGGUUGUUUUUGUUCACCUUACGCGCUUUCCGGGGUGUCAGUUGUGAUGGACAAGUGUGCAUUUGCACGGAGCUGCUCAAAGAAAGUGCAUCACAGUUGUUGGUUUUGCCGUUAUGUACACUUCUUUUAUUUUAUGUCGCUAUGGGUCUUGUAUAGCUUUUAGUUGUUGGUCAAGCUUUUGCCAGCAAGGCUCUUGGCCAAGACAGAGGAUACCAUUUGGAACUUAGUUGUGGAAACAAGUGUGCCCAGAGUGAGUGGUAGCAGUCAUUCGUUUUAAUAGCAAAUACUUCAGCAACACCGUGUGAAUUUAUUUUUUCUUUUCUUUUUACGUGUGCGGUGUUCAUGUUCUGUUAUGGCCUACCUGUAUACAUGCAAUGGAUUACAAUCACUUCUCUGCUACAGAAAGCCCAGGACAUAUCACAGUCAUCGAACCCAGACAUAAUUAUGCCAAAACGGGUUUGUGUUCAUUCCUCAUGUGAAUUGUAUAACCUCCAAUCUGCUUGUACAUGACAUUAGUAUACCUAGGAAACCACGCUUGACCAGAUUUUUGUGGUUUUGCAUCCAAAGUAUGUUUGCGUUGCUAUGCAUCUGCCUAUCCAUCCAUUGCACCAGACAAGUUUUCUGAAGAGGCAAAUUAGUGUCAGCUCAGUGUCAUUAUUGGAUCUGUAAAGCACCAGGCAAAUGGAUAGAAUCGAAGUCAGUCUGCUGCAAAACUGCCCAGCUGUAAUUGCAGCAGGUGAAAUGGUGACGUGCAAGAACUCGGGUUAGAUUUUCCUCGUGCUCAUUAACAGGAUUGAAAAAUGGAGGUGCGUUAGCAUUCAAAUUGUUAUCUAGGUCUCCUUAAACAAGCUGUCCAUGCCAUUGGUGUUCUGGCAAAGCUUCCUGUAACUCAAAAUUUGUCUCGUAACACCACCAAAAGGUCCCGUAGCUCGGCAUUUUCCUGCCAAGUUUCCCAUCGAUUCUUUUUGUUUUGGCAUGCGCAGGCUUGCUUAGUCAUGUUCCGGGGUACUAGUUUGAGGAUGCUGUGCUGGUGUGAGAAUGUUGUCGCGCUAAGUGUGAAAUUCUCUUCUUCCUACAACCCCGCCUGCACCUGUGCCGUCGUCAUCGAGACUGCACCUAGCCAAAAGGCGGGUCACAAACGUCAAAUCACGCAAGUUUCUGGAUGUCCUCUUGAAUCGUGAGAGAGAUCUGGUUCUACUUUUCUAUCUUUCCUCAGACAUUUUCUAUUUCAGCUGUCUUCAUUCCCACCUGUGGCUUUGCCCAUAUGUCAGCCUAGAAUGGUUUCCGGUUUUAUUGCAUUAGCUCUGAAGCAAAGAAAGUUUCAAAUGUGGCUUAGGAGAUGAGGAUAUGGUGUGACGUUCAGCCAAACUCAGACGGACUUUGUUUCUCCCAGUUAGGCGACUUUGAUCCUUGCGCUAAGGUCGCUGAAGCAGCGUUUCCUCAAGUCUGUUCAAAACUUCCACAGCCUUUUUUGCGUUUGGACUGAGUGACAUGUCUGUACAUAACUGCCUGUUUAACACAGUUUUGAAAGCCUUUUUGCUCCAAAAUGUGUGCAAGUUUCCAGAUGCAAGUUUAGACUAUCCAAAUGGAUGAGUUUAGGUAGCCCUUUAGUUCUGUCAUACUAGUUCUAAUCUACUAAAGUUUAGAAAGCAGCGUCCAAAUAUUUGUUCCGAUCUUAGGCCGUUUGUGUUUUACAGUGCUGUGUGUCCAGCCAAUUGUGUGAUGCAGUGCAAGUUUCUUUUUCUCAGCAUUUAAAGACUACAUUAAUUAUGGACUCUUUCACUUGCAGUUUUAAAUUGUAAGUUAUGUGGAAACAAUUGCUAGUUUUAAAAAUAAAAAUUGUAUCUCAUCCAGA